AUGCAGCAACAGUUUGCAGUGGAGGAGAGCCGAGGCAAUGAUCAACUUCCUGGAGAGAGGUUCUGCCCCAUGGAGGACGAACUAGUUCUCUUCUACCUUAAGCCCAUGUUGAGCGGAGAGAUGGUGCCCGGCAGAAACCGCGUGGUGUUCGACUGCGACCUCUACGGUCACCAAGAACCGUGGGAGAUAUGGGAAGCCUACAAGACCAGAAGACCAAACGACUUGAGGCUCAACAAGGACAUCUACUUCUUCACCCAACACAAGACGAUGAGUUCCACAGACACACGCAUACACCGGACCGUUGGCAAUGGCACCUGGAAGGGCGACGACUCCGGCAAGCCAGUAAAAUCUCUGGAGACUGGUCGUGUGGUUGGCUUGAAGAAAAGACUUACUUACAAGAACCAAGCAUCGGAGCACAACGGUUGUUGGAUAUUCUAUGAAUUCUACCUUGAUCCAUCACUCAGAGACAAGAAACAAAAGGUGGAAGACUAUGUUCUUUGUCUGCUACGAAAAAAUGGUGAACCCAAAGCCAAGAUCAAAAAGAGGAGAAAACAACGUGAAGAGGAAGACGUUCUUGAAAACAAUUAUGCCUGUGAUGAUGGAGACAACACAAACAAGGAGCAACCUCAAGCUAAGCGACAACGAAUGGGGGAGCAGAAUGGGGGACUCCAACACUUUGUUUCCGAGGUUCAAUCAGGCGACGAUCAUGGAAUGCUUAUUCCACUACCGGAGGAAGAUUUCCUCUGGGAGGAAAUGUUACAACAAAUGGGUAUUGGAGACGAUCAUGGAAUACCGGAGGAAGAUUUUCUGUGGGAUGAUAUAUUACAACAAAUAGGUAGUAAUUGA